AUGCCGGGACACACUGGCCGCCAACAGUAUAAGAAAAAUAAUUACAACAACCACAAAAAGGACCAACGACCCAUCAUCAUCGAUGAAAAUAAUCCCGUACUGAAAGCAUUCCAAUCGUAUGCCAUUGAAUUGGAUGCCAAACAUGAUCGCUAUGAACGUAUCGUCAAGAUGAGUCGUGACAUUACCAUUGAAUCGAAGAGGAUUAUUUUUCUCCUGCAUUCCAUAGAUGUGAGGAAGAAUAAUAAACAAAAGGUGUUGGAAGAGGCUCGAACACGUUUGGAAAAGGUGAUUGCCUGCAAUUUUAAAGCCAUUGCCGAGGAAUUACAUGGCCAUGAUCCAUAUCAAUUUCGUGGUGCAUAUUCUCCAGGGCUGCAGGAAUUCAUUGAGGCCUAUACCUUUAUGGAAUACAUUAAGUAUGUGGAAAAUGAUAGUGAGGGUGCAGGAGGAGAUGAGGGUGGAGAAAUGAGCGAUUGGAAUGCCUUGCAAAAGAAAAUGACAUAUCCUGCCUCUGAAGAAAAAGAAGUUAAGGAUGAGGAGGAAAUCACUACCAGCAGCAAGGCUUCAACCAUGUUCUUUGUGGAUCCCAAUGAAUAUAUUUUGGGUGUAUCGGAUCUUACCGGUGAACUUAUGCGCCGUUGCAUUAAUUCCUUGUGUAGUGGUGAAACCGACACCACCAUGGCCUGCUGUAAGGCAUUGCAAAAGUUUUUUACUGGUUACAUUAGUUUAAAUGUCCAUCGUUGCCGUGAGCUAUCACGCAAGAUCUACACUAUGCGCCAGAGUGUCCUGAAGGCCGAAAAUGUUUGCUAUAAUGUCAAGGUCCGAGGUGGCGAGGCAGCCAAAUGGGGUGCCAUGUUCGAUAGUAAAUCGAUUGCUGAUGAUAUUGAUGAGGGAUUUUUCUAG